AUGCCCAUCGACAAUGUCAGCGGGCUCACCGGCCAACUGAACCAACCCGUGAACCAAGUCCAAUCAACCGCAACUGGAGCGACCAAGAAUGUCAAACCGAGGAAGUUGAAUCGAGCAACAAGGGACCUGACUGAGCCUGUCAUCCCCGGCGAAUUCCCUUCAGACGACGCACCCCCCAAAGAAGAAAAAGUCGAUGGCGAUGUUUCAUUCUCCAGCAUAUGGGCGACCAUCACAUCAUGGGCCUCCUCGUUAUUCCCGCAAGCCUUUGAUGCCUUUGAAUCCUGGAUCCGGUAUAUGGUUGCCAAAUUACUUCCUGCGCCUCGACAGGCGGCCAUGUAUGAAGCUGCGCUCAAGCGCCCCGCCGCCACGACCUUUAUCGUGUGUCAGAUGAUAUGCUGCGGUGUGCCCUUGUUGGUUUUCCUCGCUGGUGUGUUUGUCUUUGCAGCUGUCUCGAUAUUGCUCUGGGCGGUUCUGUCGCUGCUGAUUCUUGGUCCGGUGCUGUUGGUGACGAGCAUGAUGGGUGUUUCGCUUUGGGGUUGGGGCUGGGUCUUUUAUGGCUUGGUCAAAUGGAUUGAUCAGAAGUUCUUGGGUGGUAUGAUUACUCGUUUCUGGCUUCCUCAGACACAGGAGGGAGAAGAGGGAGAGGAUGGAGGGAGUGGAGGGAAUGGAGGAAAUGGAGAGAAUCAGCUCCAGGAAGACAAAAAGGAAGAGUAA